AUGUGGCGGGACCGCACUAACCUCUACAUCUCCUACCGACAGUCGUACGCGCAUCAUCCCACACAGCGCAGCGGGUACGGAGGAGGCGGCGCAUCGGCCUCAGGCCCUUACUCGGACGCCUACUCGAGCGGCAGCUAUGCGCACGAGGACCGGCGCGGGCUGCUCUCGAGCGGCGCCUUUGAGGACGAUGGCGACGCCGUAAUCGAGAUGGACCUGCUGCCGCCGCGCUGGGCCGACGUCUCGGACGAGAUCACCGAGCUUCUUGCGGACAUUGCGACAAAGGGCCAGAAGCUGGAGAAGCUGCAUCAGAAGCACGUUCUCCCGGGCUUCAACGACGACGAGGCCAAGAGGGCAGAGGAGUCACAGAUCGAGAAGCUCACCCAGCAGAUAACGAAGGGCUUCCAUGAGUGCCAUCGCUGUAUCCAGCGCGUCGAGCAGAUGGUGCGCGAGUCCAAACAGUCCGGCACCAUCACAAGAGCCGAAGAGACCAUGGCCAAGAACAUCCAGAUCUCCCUGGCAACAAGGGUACAGGAAGCAAGCGCCAACUUUCGCAAGAAGCAGAGUGCUUAUCUGAAGAAACUUCGAGAUAUGGGAGGGCUCGGCACGUUUAGCCCCGCCGAGAGGUCAUCGACACCGCAACCCGGGUCGUACCUAGAUCCAUCACUACUAGAGUCGGAUGCCGAUCGCUCCUUCUCCCAGUCAACGCUGCAGGCAGCAACGCAGCAGAAGAUGCUUCAUUCUAACGACGCCGCCAUUGCCCAACGGGAACGCGAAAUCGAGGAUAUUGCGCAAGGCAUCAUCGAGCUGUCUGACCUCUUUCGAGACCUGCAAACAAUGAUCAUCGACCAAGGCACCAUGCUGGACAGGAUUGACUAUAACGUUGAACGAAUGAACGAGGACGUCAAGGGGGCCGACAAGGAGCUAAAGGUUGCGUCGGGGUAUCAACGCAAAACGACCAAGAGGAAGAUAAUACUGCUCUUGAUUCUCAUCAUUGUGGGGCUUUUUAUUCUUCUUCUGAUCAAGCCGAAAAAGCACGACUCUUGA